CACACGCUCCUUCCCGCGCCGCCGCCGACGCUUGGAGAGUCUUCGCUCCAGGAGAUGCCUGCCCCGGGCCUGGCGCUGGUGAGUGGCCAGGCGCUCCCGGGCUUCCUGCUGUGCAGCGUGCUGCUGGUGCUCAAGAUGUACGUGUUGGCUGUGAUCACCGGCCAAGUGAGGCUGCGGAAGAAGGCUUUUGCCAACCCUGAGGAUGCCCUGCGACACGGGGGCCCCCAGUAUUGCAGAAGUGACCCUGACGUAGAGCGAUGUCUUAGGGCUCACCGCAACGACAUGGAGACCAUCUACCCCUUCCUCUUCUUGGGCCUCGUCUACUCCUUCCUGGGGCCUGACCCCUUCGUGGCCUGGAUGCACUUCCUCGUCUUCUUCGUGGGCCGCCUGGUGCACACGGUGGCCUACCUGGGGCGGCUGCGGGCGCCCACCCGCUCCCUGGCCUACACGGUGGCCCAGCUGCCCUGUGCCUCCAUGGCCUUGCAGAUCCUUUGGGAGGCGGCCCGCCACCUGUGACCACUCGAGCCACCCCUAUCCCCAGGGACCGUCCCUGGCUUCAGAUUGUGAUGGGCCCAGUGUCUCCUGAUGAGCCAGCUUCUUGGGGUCCUGCCUGAGAGGGGUGGGGAGCUGUGUG